CAAGAGACAACUCACCCAUUACUCUCUUGAAACUUUUCAACAAGAACAAACUACCGAAAAGAAGAGCUUUUUUCGUCUUUAAUUAUAAUUCGAAACAAUGGGUAAAGACGAUAUUGUUUUCUUACCAUCCAAAGAAGUGGUAAUUAGUACAAUUAAAAAGUUUCAAACAGAUUCUUCACUUGAAUGGAUAUUCUUUGCCUAUCAAGAAUCUGAUCCAUCCACAAAACUUGCCAAAGGAAACAGCAAUACUAUUGAAUUGGCUCGUACAGGAAGUGAACCACUCGAUAGAAAUCAAUUGCAAACUCUUCGUGAUGUGACAAAGGAUUCUGAAGAAAGUAUCAAGGCCUACCUCUCUCCACACAGUGCCAACUACUUUAUUGCUCGUAUUGAUGCAAAUCGUUACAUUUUCAUUAAUUGGAUUGGUACAAAAACCAAGACAUUACAAAAAACCAGAGUAAUGACUCACAGACUUGAAUUGAAAUCAAUGGCUGAGAAAUUAUUGUCCAUGUCCUUUGUUUUCGAUCAUAAUGGAAUUGAUGAGUUUGACAAAUUGGUUAAUAUUGUUGAUUCUUCUCGUUCUUUUGAAUUUGAAAAUAUGAAAGAUCAAAAACAAACAUCCUCUCCACGUACCACUACUACCACAACUGCUACUACUGGUGGCUCUUCUCAAGUUGCCUCUGCCUCUGCUUCUUUAAAGUCUGCUUCUUCUUCAUCAUCAUCAUCAUCUAGUAAUACUACUAGUGCUAGUUCUUCUUCAAGUGGUAACAAUUCUGCCACUAAGGGAUCCUUAAUGAACAGAUACAAUCCUCAAACUUUAACAGAACAAGAACAAAUCAAUGCUAGACGUCAUCAACGUUCUGGAUCCAAACCACCAAAACUUGGACUUGCUGCAAUUAUGCGUCAAGUGUUGAAAUUGGACGAAACAAACAUUACUCCACUCUUGAAACAACGUUCAUUUGGUUGGUUAUUGUUGGGUUAUAAUGCUGAUGGUUUGUGUCAAGUUGAAGGUCAAGGAAAUGAUCAAUGUACAUUCCCAGAUCCACUCUUUGAUGCUUUGAAAGAAGAUGAUAUGCAAUAUAUUGUUCUUCGUUGGGUUUUAUCUGACACUGGUUAUGGUGGUGAUGUUGAAAAGACCUAUUUCUUGUCAUAUGUUGGUUCUGCUGUUAAUUCUGUUCGUCGUGGUAAGGUAAAUCAACACAAACAAGAAGUUUAUGAUUAUGUUAAUAAGCAUUUCCAAUUGGGAGGUGAAGUUACAAUUACUGCUCUUGAAGAAUUGAAUGUUGAUUACAUUAAGAAUGUCAUGUUGGGUAAUAGAAGUGCUAAUACUGUUACUUUGACAGAUUGGGGUACUGUUCCAGUUAAGGCAUCCCCAGUUGUUGGACAAACUAGUCAACCAAAGGCAACUGCUUCUCCAAUCAAUUCUCCAAGAAACAUCAAGAAGGAAACAGCUACUGCUUCUGUUGCUACAUCAUCAGUUACAACAGAUGCUCCAGAAAAACCAAUCGAAAGAAAGGGAAGUGAAUUGUUGAGUAAGAUUAAAUUGGGAUUCAAGGAAGGAAAAUUGAAGGGUAUCAAGGGAACUACUCCUGAACCUGCUGAAGAUCUUACUUCACCUAAGAAUUUGAAAUCUCCUGGAAGAGAACCACUUAAAUCACCAGGUAGAGAUGGUCUUACUUCUCCUGGAAGAAAAAAGUCAACCAAGGGUGGUAUUCUCAGUUUCUCAGCUAACAAUAUGGACAAAUUCUCUGCUAGUUUGAAAAAGAAGGAUAUUGUAAAGGUUCCUAAUUUGGGAACUGGUCAAAACGCCAUCAAGAUUGAAGACGAAACUAAGGUUAUUGACAAGUUGUACGAUCUCAAAGAUCCACUCGAUAGAAAUAACCAAUGGGUUUUAUUCAGUUAUCCAAAUGACAAGACUCUCAAUAUUUUAUCGCUUGUUGAUAGUGGUUCUGAACCAAUUUCUAAAUCUGUUGCUGUCACCUCUCAAUUGACUGAUAAUGGUGUCAAGUACUUUAUUCACAAGUUCUACGUUGAAAGAAAUGGAAGAAUUGAAGCUAAAUUCAGAGUUAUUAUCUGGAGAGGUAAAUCUAUUAGAGCUUACUUCAAGGCCAUUUGUACUAACCAUGCCAUGAAGUUGGUCACUACUAUUGCUCCUGUCAUUACUCAAGUUGAAGGUGAUCCAAUUAUUUUGACUGAUGUUGCUGAAGUUCCAAAUGUUGUCUUAUCAUUGGAAGGUUUUGGUACUCCACUCGAUCAUGAUUCUGCCAUUAAGAAAUUGGAAGAAAAAUUGGCUGCUGCUGAACAACGUGAAAAGCAAAAGGAAACUUCAUCACCAUCCAAUAAGAUCCAACACGAAAAGAGAGUGUCAAUGAAGAAGGCUGAUUACAAUGCAGGUAUUGAAGCUGGUUUGAAGAUUUUGAACGAAGAAGAAUUGAUUCAAAGAAUGAAGGAAUUGCAAAGUGAUGAAAGUGCCGUUUCCUGGGUCACCAUUAGUUAUAAGGAUUCCAAGACUUUGCAACUUGAUGGAUAUGGUUCUGGAACUGCUGAAUCAUUCAAAUCCAAGUUUACUGAUGAUAAGGUUUACUACACAUUGUACAAACAAUUCUUGGAAGAAUUGGGUGGUGCUCCAAAGACUAUUCUCAUUGCUUGGGUUGGUCAAGAUGUCAAGCCAAUGGCCAAGGCCUCUACUACUCCUCAUCGUAUUGCUCUCUUCAAGUAUUGCUUACGUCACGUCACUUUAUCUAGUGAAUAUCAACCAAUCACUAUCAAUGAUUUGGAUAAUGAUUCAAUCUUUGGUAAGGUUUCUGGUGGAAGCAAGAGUGGAUCAAGUGGUGUUGUUUCUAAAUCAUUUGGUGGUAAGAGUCAAUCCCUUACACUCGCUGAUGAGAAUAUCAUUCUCGAACAAGUUAAGGAUUUGAAUUCUGAUGCCACUGCCACAAACUGGGUCAAGCUAGGAUAUAAUGAAUCUGGACAUUUGAAAUAUGAAGAAAAGGGACAAGGUGGUUUGGCUGAAUUUGAACGUCGUCUCUCUGAUGAUUCUGUAAAUUAUGUACUUUACAAGACCUAUGUUGAACACAGUCCAAAGAUUACUUUGAUUACAUGGGUCGGUUCUGGUGUCACUGCUGGUACUGCCAAGGCAAGAGCUACCACACAUCAACUUGAAUUGGAAGCUUUCGUUAAGAAGGUCUUCACUGUUGCUGCUUUAUAUCAAGCUUUAGAAAGAGAAGAAUUGAAGGAAGAAUUAAUCUACAAGAAGGUUGCUGGUUCCAACAUUAUUAUCGCUCCAACUGCUGUCUCAAAGGGUACAUUUGGUGGUAGAGAUUCUAGUUUGAAAUUCGAUAAUGAUCAAGCUGUUCUUGAUGCUUUCAAGGAAUUGAGAGGAAAUUCUGGAAUCAGAUGGUUGCUUUUCGAAUAUGUUCCUGGAAAUCAAUACACUGUUCGUGUUUCUCAAAUCGGUAAGGGAGGUGUCAGAAACUUCAAACAAUACCUCACUGAUAACGUUGUUUGCUAUGUUGUCAUGCGUUUGACAUUUAUGGAAUAUUCAGAUGUUGCCAAGGCUAUUGUCAUUACAUGGGUUGGUGAAAAUGCUCAAAGUUUCCAAAAAGCCCUCUCAGGUGGUCAUAGAAUCAACUUGUACGAUUUCACUAGAAAGCAAAUCUCAGUUGGUGGUGAAUAUCAACCUGAAAGUCUUGAAAGCUUGUCUGAUGAAGAUUUGCUUUCCAAGAUUACUGGUACUAAGAGUGAUAAUGCUGGUGAUGCUUUAGAAGAAAAGAUUCAACAACAACGUGCCUUUGAAAGAGAACGUAUUGUGCAAGUUCAACCAACUAUUGAAGUUAAGGAUUCCAAGCAAUAUAUUGGUGAAUUUAAGGAUAUUGAUUUUAAUGGAAAGGAAGAAAUCAAGAAGGCCUUGUUAGAACUUUCUGAAAAGUGUAGAAAGGAACAACAUGAUAGAGCUCUUGAAGAUGCCACCAUUCACUACAUUAAGAUGAAGUUGACUGGUAAGGAAUUACGUGAUGUAGUCAUUGAAUCUACUGGAGAUGGUGCAUUGAGUGAAGAAUGGAGAGCUACUCAUCUCGAUUCAAAGGAAUUCCUUCUCUUCAUCUUUGGUUUGUUCACAUCUGAAGGUGGUUAUGGUAUGAUGACCAAGUAUGUCUUUGUUCAAUGGACAGGACAUGAUACCAAGCACUUGUUGAAGGCCAAGGCCAGUGAAAUCAGACAAUCCAUCUACAAUUUCUGUAAUAAGGAGUUGAACAUGUCUGGCGAAAUUCAAGGUUGCACUAAACCAGAACACAUUACCAAGAAGUUGGUUUUGGAAAAGAUUACCGGUUCAAACGUUCGUGGUAGUGAAAUGAGAUUGGAAAAGAAGGACAAGAAAUUCGAAGGCUUGGGUAAGGAAAAGAAGAGUAAACUUGUCAUCAAAGACCAAGAAACAUUGAAUCACUACGUUGAAGAUAUGAUUCUCCAAGAUUACCUCGAAAAAGAUGAGGAUAAGAAGGACGAUGAUGAUCCAGAAGAAUGGAGAAAUCACAAGAGAAUUACUAAAGGUAAACUUGAUUGGAUCUUGUUGAGCUAUUCCAAGGAUUCCAUUGAUGAAAUCAACGUUACUGCUCAUGGUGAAGGUGACGUUCAAGCUUUUAAACAACACUUGAAACCAGAUAGUGUCAACUUUGUAAUUAUCAGAGUUUUCCACGCUCAAGGUUAUGCAAAGGAUAUUUCCAUGUUGACCGAUAAUAGAAUCAACCUUGCCAAGCCAUACUUUACUCUCAUCUAUUGGAAGGGAGAAAAUGUUCAAGUUUUAGAAAAGGCUCUCACUUCUCAUCACUUUAAUGCAUUCCACAAGUUGAUGACUCAAAAAUUCAUGAGAAUGAAAUCAUCACUCCAAGGUUCAACUUAUCAAGCUGAAACUUAUGAAGAAUUGGACAUGGAACGUAUUAAGAAAUUGAUGAGAUUGUAUGAUUAAUCGACAUAUCUUUAAAUAAAUAUUCUAAAUGUAAAAUUG